UACAACUUUUACUUGAUUAUUUCGCGGCCACAUAGGGAGACUGAAUGAGAUGUGGUUUUCUGAUUGAGAUUUUAAUGAAGAUAAUCUGGAUUUCUUUAUUUCACAACUUCAGAGAGUAUUUUAUUAUUUUAGUCUCAUAAAGACCUCCCAGAAGGAUUUGGUAAUCUUUGCUUGACUUAAAUCGUUUUCUUAAACGGGAUCGGACACACGGCACGUCAUUCUCGGUUUAGUGCCACUCCCAAGGGAUUAAGUUGUUGGAAUAUGAAGCAAACCCACUAAGCACGGGAGCGGGAGUCCUCUGAGUGCGUGAACGAGUGGGUCGCCCCGUGUUCGGCCUUGCGUGUGCUGGAGAGCCCGCAAAUAUGGGAUGUGGAUUACGGAAAUUGGAGGACCCGGAGGACAGCAGCCCGGGAAAAAUCUACUCCACUUUAAAGAGACCACAGGUCGAGUCCAAAACAGACUCCGUGUACGAGUAUGUGCUGCUGGACUUCAGUUUGGAAGGCAGUCGGCCUACAGUACAGUAUCUGUCCUCGCUGUGCGAGCUGCCCCAUGCCCUGCAGUCCUACUACACCCAGGGCUACGUACUGGCCGCCCUGCAUCCCAUCAUCCUCUCAGUGGGCCGGACCCGCUUCCUGCCCUGCAGCCUGCUGUACCGGGCCAUUCUGGUCCGCCCACGAUCCAGUAAACAUGCAGUGCCAGUGAUUGACAGCUUGCCAGUGUUGCGAGUGGAGGAGUGGCCACUACCCGGAGAAUCUAUGACCAGUGACACAGUGAGACUGCUCAUAGACAGGGUGAACAGCUAUGCCAGGGGUGGCGUGAGGUUCGUGGGGUCAGUGCUCCAGCAGGCUGGAGGAGGAGGGUGUAACGGUAGAGUGCCCAGUCCCAGGAGGGGCUGCCGUUCCCCGCCCCGCACACCGCCCGGAGACGCAGAUCUAGAGGGCCGUGGCUACAGCCCAGACCUGAGAUUGUUGGUGCUUUUUCACUCCUGGGCUCCGGGCUGUGCUCCGCUGGACUCUCUGGUCUGCUGUUACCACCAGGGGGCGCUGUCCAUGCGCGUGUCCAGGAAAGGCCAAGUUGUCAGUGCCCUCGAAGCUGAUUGGCUGGAAUUGACCGCAGCUUACUACCGCAAGGGCUGGUCAUUGGUCGACUCCUUUGUAUACUGGGACACACCUAAAGGUGAGCCAGUGCCCAGGUCUCUAGAGGGGCUGUUUGUCUAUGAGGAGAAAAGCAUAGCGCCCCCUGCCAAUGACACUAUUGUAGUGGAACAGUGGACCGUUAUAGAGGGUUCAGAUGUAAAGACAGACUAUGGUCCUCUGCUCCACACAUUAGCAGAAUUCGGCUGGCUGCUCACUUGUGUGCUGCCCACCCCAAUUAUUCGCCAUGACAGCGAAGGGAAUCUCGCCACCAAGCAAGUUGUCUUCCUGCAAAGACCCGCCAAAGGCCAAAGGGUACCACAGCACAACCAGGUGCCUGUUUGCUAA